CUGAGUAAAGAACACACAUGCAGCUUCCUGAAAUCAGUGAAGACGAAGAAAGGAAACUACCAGCCUUCAGACUUUACUGAACAGAAGCAGAGAGUAAAAGUCUCACUCUUUUAUAUCGACACCUUUGGAUUUAACCUUGAAAACUUCAGUGUUGUUGGAUUUACAUUACUAUUCCAUCACCAACAUGUCUGAUGACAGUUCCCCUGCAGUUAAUUUUGCUGGAUUUCCUGUAGGAAAUGAGACUGAACAUGGUGUGGAUGUGCCCAACGAUUACAUACAUGUUCUGAAGAGCAGCCUCACCACAGUCUUCCUCCCUCUCGUUUACGUCUUCAUCUUUAUUGUGGGGUUGCCCACCAACGCCAUGGCCCUAUGGGUGUUCCUCUUCAGGACAAAGAAGAAGUAUCCAGCGUCCAUCCUAAUGGCCAAUCUAGCACUGGCUGACCUGCUCUUCAUCGUGUGGCUCCCACUGAAGAUCGCCUACCACUUCAACCGCAAUGACUGGACCUUCGGGGAGCCACUGUGUAAAGUCCUGGUGGGGUUUUUCUAUGGGAAUAUGUACUGCUCCACUAUCUUCAUAGCAUGCAUCAGUGUGCAGCGCUACUGGAUGAUUGUGCACCCACUUUCUAGGAAACCAGGUAACCGUGUAACAGUCUGCAUGUCUGUUUGCGUGUGGAUUGUGGUCUGGCUCAUCACCAUACCCCUCUACCAUUAUGACCAGACUGUUAAAGUCCUCAAUCUGAACAUAACUAUCUGCCAUGACGUUGCUCGUCCCAGCCAAUCAAAAAUCCCUGCUGGAUAUUUCCUGACUAUGGGUGUUGUGGGAUAUGUAGUCCCGUGUGUAGUGUGUAUAGUAACAUACCUGCUGACCUUUCGCUCCCUCAGCAGGUCCACGUCAGACACCAGCUGCAUUAAGAAGAAAAAGAAGGCUAUAAUCCUCAUGAUUACUGUGCUGGUGAUGUUUCUGGUCUGCUUCACUCCCAGUAACAUCCUGCUGAUGGUGCAUUACUCUCUGCUGGGUGCAGAGCUUCAGAAUAAUGUUUAUGGUUUUUACAUCAUUGCGCUGUGUCUGGGCAGCCUGAACAGCUGCCUGGACCCGUUUGUGUAUUACUUUGUCUCAGAUGAGUUCAGAAGGCAUGUGAGGAAUGCCCUGAUGUCUCACAGUUCCACAACCAAACUGAUAAAUGUUUCCUACAGACCUGUGAAACCAUACACAAGUAGACUAACUCCUCCAACAAACACAACAUCUACAUCAACGUCUACACCUACAUCUACACCUAUAUCUACACCUACACCUACACUCAAAGUGUGUAAUUAGACUGACCCCAUCAAAGGUUCUCUGAAUGCCACAGUCAAACAUGAAAAUGGACAGCUUAACCAUGGUUAACUGGGCAUUCCGGCUAGCAUUUAAUAGGCGAGUCCUUAUCCACAUAAACAUAUAAAACUAAUUUUGGGAAUCUUGCCCCAUUAAGACUCAACCUCGUCUGUUACUGUAAAUUUUGUGCCAUUUUUUAGUGUAAGAUGUUGGUGUGAAUGUGGAAUAGCUGUGGUGACCACAUGGCAAGUCACUAUGAACUCUCUGCUUUAAAAUGUGGUCUUACUCUCAACUCUUGAGUUUACUGUUCAUGAUGUAAAUGUAAAAGAUGACAGAGUAUGAAAUCUGAUUCACUAUGUAUGUUUUUAUCACUUUACUUAUAUUUUUGAAAUAUGGCUGGGCACAAUUUAGUAAGACAAUGCAUCAAAUACAUUUUUAUGGGUACAUGGCUACAUAUUCAGUUAAUCUUAUUGAAGUUGUACUGCAUGUAUUUCAGUUUGCUCUGGUGAGGACAUUGUAGGCUGUAAGUUACAAAGAAAUAUGUCACACUAUAAAAGCUAUAAUGUUUCACACUGUAAUAGCAUGGUCAGUGCAACAGUGUUUAUCAGUACUUGGUGAAAAGUUGCACAAAUCCAACAAUGAA